UCUGAACGUCGAGUCGCAGAUAGUUUUCUCCUCUGAAGCUGCAGCUGAAGAUCAAAGUGUGUGUGAGCUGAUGUGGAUGUGAGUUCAGCAGCAUGAAUCAGUGUGAGGACAGAGAGGAGGGAGCCCUCCCUAAAAAACCAGUCUGUGUGGGGAACAUGGCAGCCAGACCAGAGCUCAGAGGCCAGAGCAGCAGAGACCAGACUCUGCUGGACCUGGACCUGAGUCUGAACCUGGACCCAGCUGUGUGUCCUUCAGGAGUGACCGGUCAAAGGAAAAUAUCAUUGAUUUUAAACGAGGACAUGUCUCUGACAGACAGAGGAAGCUGGAAAAACCAGAACCCAGCUGUGUGUCCAUGAAGACUGACCAGUGUAUGGAUCCUCCUAUAUCCUUCAAAGAUGGACGUCACUCUGCUGAUCAAAGAGUCGACCAGGAGAGCUCAGAGGUUCCCAGUGGUCAGUCUGCCCAGCAGCAUCAAACACACCUGGACUCCAUAUUUAUGCUGCUGGAGGAGAACAUUGUCACUUUUGUGAAGAACGAGCUGAAUAAGAUCCAGAAGGUUCUGAGAUCAGAUUACCCAGAAUGCUUAGAGAGUCAGAGGGAGGAUGAGGAGGUGUUGGACGGUAAGGAGGAAGAGCAGAGGAGGAGCAGCAGAGAGGCAUUUCUGAAGAUCACACUGCACUUCCUGAGGAGAAUGAAGCAGGAGGAGCUGGCUGACUGUCUGCAGAGCAGAAGUCAUUCUGGAGAUUGUCAGCGUAAACUUAAAUCUAACCUGAAGCAGAAGUUCCAGUGUGUGUUUGAGGGGAUCGCUAAAGCAGGAAACCCAACCUUUCUGAACCAGAUCUACACAGAGCUCUACAUCACAGAGGGAGGGACUGCAGAGGUCAACGAUGAACAUGAGGUCAGACAGAUUGAAACAGCAUCCAGGAAACCAGACAGACCAGAAACAACAAUCAGACAAGAAGACAUCUUUAAACCUUCACCUGGAAGAGAUGAACCAAUCAGAACAGUGAUGACAAAGGGAGUGGCUGGCAUUGGGAAAACAGUCUUAACACAGAAGUUCACUCUGGAUUGGGCUGAAGACAAAGCCAACCAGGACAUACACUUCACAUUUCCAUUCACUUUCAGAGAACUGAAUCUGCUGAAAGAGGAAAAGUACAGCUUGGUGGAACUUGUUCAUCACUUCUUUACUGAAACCAAAGAAGCAGGAAUCUGCAGGUUUGAAGAGUUCCAGGUUUUGUUCAUCUUUGAUGGUCUGGAUGAGUGUCGACUUCCUCUGGACUUCCACAACAAUGAAAUCCUGACUGAUGUUACAGAGUCCACCUCAGUGGAUGUGCUGCUGACAAACCUCAUCAGGGGGAACCUGCUUCCCUCUGCUCACCUCUGGAUAACCACACGACCUGCAGCAGCCAAUCAGAUCCCUCCUGGGUGUGUUGACAUGGUGACAGAGGUCAGAGGGUUCACUGACCCACAGAAGGAGGAGUACUUCAGGAAGAGAUUCAGAGAUCAGGAGCAGGCCAGCAGAAUCAUCUCCCACAUGAAGACAUCACAAAGCCUCCACAUCAUGUGCCACAUCCCAGUCUUCUGCUGGAUCACUGCUACAGUUCUGGAGGACGUGUUGAAGACCAGAGAGGGAGGAGAGCUGCCCAAGACCCUGACUGAGAUGUACAUCCACUUCCUGGUGGUUCAGUCCAAACUGAAGAGCGUCAAGUAUGAUGGAGGAGUUGAGACAGAUCCACACUGGAAUGAAAAGAACAGGAAGAUGAUUGAGUCUCUGGGAAAACUGGCUUUUGAGCAGCUGCAGAAAGGCAACCUGAUCUUCUAUGAAUCAGACCUGACAGAGUGUGGCAUCGAUAUCAAAGCAGCCUCAGUGUGCUCAGGAGUGUUCACACAGAUCUUUAGAGAGGAGAGAGGGCUGUACCAGGACAAGGUGUUCUGCUUCGUCCAUCUGAGCGUUCAGGAGUUUCUGGCUGCUCUUCAUAUCCAUCUGACCUUCAUCAGCUCUGGUGUCAAUCUGCUGUCAGAACAACAAACAAUGUCCUGGUGGUCUAAAAUGUUCGUAGACGAUUCAACACUUUUCUAUCGGAGUGCUUUGGACCAGGCCUUACAAAGCCCAAAUGGACACUUGGACUUGUUCCUCCGCUUCCUCCUGGGACUUUCACUGCAGACCAAUCGGACUCUCCUACGAGACCUGCUGACACAGACAGGAAGUGUCUCAAAAACCAGUCCGGAAACAGUCAAGUACAUCAAGAAGAAGAUCGAAGAGAAUCCCUCUGCAGAGAAAAGCAUCAAUCUUUUCCACUGUCUGAAUGAACUGAAUGAUCGUUCUCUAGUGGAGCAGAUCCAACAGUCCCUUAGUUCAGGAAGUCUCUCCACAGAUAAACUGUCUCCUGCUCAGUGGUCAGCUCUGGUCUUCAUCUUACUGUCAUCAGAAAAAGAUCUGGAUGUGUUUGACCUGAAGAAAUACUCUGCUUCAGAGAAGGCUCUUCUGAGGCUUCUGCCAGUGGUCAAAGCCUCCAACAAAGCUCUACUGACUGGCUGUAACCUCUCAGAGAGAAGCUGUGAAGCUCUGUCCUCGGUUCUCAGCUCCCAGUCCUCUAGUCUGAGAGAGCUGGACCUGAGUAACAACGACCUGCAGGAUUCAGGAGUGAAGCUGCUGAUGGCUGGACUGGAUAGUCCACAUUGUAAACUGGAAACUCUCAGACUGAGUGGCUGUAACCUCUCAGAGAGAAGCUAUGAAGCUCUGUCCUCGGUUCUCAGCUCCCAGUCCUCUAGUCUGAGAGAGCUGGACCUGAGUAACAACCACCUGCAGGAUUCAGGAGUGAAGCUGCUGACGGCUGGACUGGAGAGUCCACAUUGUAAACUGGAAACUCUCAGACUGAGUGGCUGUAACCUCUCAGAGAGAAGCUGUGAAGCUCUGUCCUCGGUUCUCAGCUCCCAGUCCUCUAGUCUGAGAGAGCUGGACCUGAGUAACAACGACCUGCAGGAUUCAGGAGUGAAGCUGCUGACAGCUGGACUGGAGAGUCCACAUUGUAAACUGGAAACUCUCAGACUGAGUGGCUGUAACCUCUCAGAGAGAAGCUAUGAAGCUCUGUCCUCGGUUCUCAGCUCCCAGUCUUCUAGUCUGAGAGAGCUGGACCUGACUAACAAUGACCUGCAGGAUUCAGGAGUGAAGCUGCUGACGGCUGGACUGGAGAGUCCACAUUGUAAACUGGAAACUCUCAGACUGAAUGACUGUAACCUCUCAAAGAGAAGCUGUGAAGCUCUGUCCUGGGUUCUCAGCUCCCAGUCCUCUAGUCUGAGAGAGCUGGACCUGAGUAACAACGACCUGCAGGAUUCAGGAGUGAAGCUGCUGACGGCUGGACUGAAGAGUCCACACUGUAAACUGGAAACUCUCAGGCUGUCGGGCUGUCUGAUCACAGAGGAAGGCUGUGCUUCUCUGGCCUCAGCUCUGAGCUCCAACCCCUCCCAUCUGAGAGAGCUGGACCUGAGCUACAAUCAUCCAGGAGACUCUGGAGUGAAGCUGCUGUCUGCUGGACUGGAGGAUCCACACUGGAGACUGGACACUCUCAGGGUGGAGCCCGGUGGAGUCCGAUGGCUGAGACCAGGUCUGAUGAAGUAUUCCUUUGAACUCACACUCGACACAAACACAGCGAACAGAAAGAUCAAACUGUCUGACGACAACAGGAGGGCGACACGUGUGGAGAGGCAACGAUAUCCUGAUCAUCCAGACAGGUUUGACCACUGGCCUCAGGUGCUGUGUAGAAAUGGUCUGACUGGUCGCUGUUACUGGGAGGUCGAGUGGAGAGGAAGAGUUGAUAUAUCAGUGAAUUACAGAGGAAUCAGAAGAGGAGGAGGCAGAGAUGACUGUGUGUUUGGAUGGAAUGAUCAGUCCUGGAGUCUGAACUGCUCUGAUGAUGAUGGUUACUCUGUCUGGCACAAUAAGAGUCAAACAUCCAUCUCCUCCUCCUCCUCCUCCUCCGCUAUCUCUCACAGAGUAGCAGUGUAUGUGGACUGUCCUGCUGGCACUCUGUCCUUCUUCAGAGUCUCCUCUGACACACUGAUCCACCUCCACACCUUCAACACCACAUUCACUGAACCUCUUUAUCCUGGCUUUGGGUUCUGGUUCAGGUCUGGUUCCUCAGUGUCUCUGUGAUCUCUGUAGGAGGGAGAGUCUCCUCCUGUUAGAGAAACACAUCAGUUGAGUCUGUACAGGAUCACAGCUACAGAAAUCUUCCAGGUCCAGGAUGCCUUCAUCAACACUGAUCUAAGAAAAUAUGAAACCUGCUGAAAACAAAAAGGUCAGUUUGUAAUAUGAGACCACCAUAACAACCAGUCACAUUGAGUGUGUACCAUUAGUGUCGUCAUGGUAACAGCAGCAGCGAUCGACAGGUUGUGGAAGUUGUUGAUGGUUGCCGUGGCAAUGAAGGUGAUUUCAGGCAUGUGACCUCUGAAGCGAAGACAGGCUUGUUGGACAAUUUCUAACAUUUUUUCAUUAUUAAACAAAAACGCUAAGACAGCAACUGUCUCAACUUUACAUUCUAUUUUGAUUUUAUGCUGAUUAUAAUGCUGAAAACAAAAACUUUGAAUUAUUAAAGAAUAAUCUUAACACAAAAACUAAUGCUUAUGUAAUAACUUCCUAACAACCCAGUCACACACAGAUCAGAAUGAAUCAAUUUAUAGUAUGACGAAAAAAUAAAAAAGGACUCUUUAAAGAUCUUAGAAACUGAUUCAGGCAGUCGACUGGUUCGAGUCAUAUCUUCAGGACAACUAGUAAUUAUGCAUCUGAGCGGAGUUCCUCAAGGCUCAAUCCUGGGUCCUCUUCUAUUAAACAUUUACAUGCUUGGAGAGAUUAUACAUCUCAUCUGCCGGGGAGGGGACGCCCAGUCUGCUGCCACCACGACCCGGCCCGGGAUAAGCAGCAGAAAAUGGAUGCGUGGAUGUGUCUGAACUUUCUUCAUCUAAAUGUAGACAAAACUGACCAACCAGUUCCCAAGUGUCAGAGAACAGAGUUUAAAGUGCGGCUGCUGGUCUAUAAAUCUCUCAAUGGCUUUGAACCAAAAUACCAACAUGGAGAAGAAGGAUUUAGUUCCUGAGCAGCACAGAGCUGGAACACACUUCAAAUCCAGGAUCAAGACUUAGAUGUUCUACAUAUCAAAGUUCCUGACUGAACCUUAAAUACUCCCCUCUGUUCUUAAUGUCCUUCAAAACGUUUCUAUUCUCUUCAUUUUCAUGUUUUAAAGCAUUAUAAUGGAUAUGAAUAAACCUUUGUCUUUUUAUCUUUGCUAUGGUUUUAUCAGAGCAAGAGACGUUUUGUUUCACAUGGGGAGAUUUGUUCCUACAGUGACUCAGCUUCCAGCUCAGGACCAACGUUUUCAUCCAGAGAACAAUAAAGUUUAAGUUCUAGUGCAUCUGCAGAAAUCACUGAACUGUCAGUGAAGUUUGGAACAGCAAUAUAAACUCUUUCAAAGACAGAAACCUCUACUUUUAUUGAUUCAAAGGUUUCAGAUGUUAUAUGGAGUUAAACCUUCAGUUUGGUAUUAACCUUCUAACAGUACUACUUUAUUUAGAUUCUGUCUCCUCCCUGGCAUUAUGUUCAUACAGUUUGCUUUAAAAUGGAAAUGAAUGGCAGCUGUCUGUGCCUCCUGCUAAAUGUUUGUUACUUAACAAAGCUCGACAAGAAAUCCAAAAAUAAAAUACAUUAUUCUGAAAUGGGA